UCGUUCUCCGGUUCUUUAACCCGCUUCUGCUCAAACAUGGACUCGGAGACAGACGGAGGACAACAACAACAACAACAACAACAACAACAACAACAACACGGAGACAGUUUGUUUCUCGAACACGUUUUGGAGAAACUGUACGACUUCGGUAACGGACCGGCAUCCAAAAAGAAGCUCAAGUCUCAAACGAAGAAAAAAAGGAGAAGAGAGGAAGAAGAGGAGGAUGAAGAGUUCCCCACAGGCGAUGCCAUCUACGGUGACACUGAAGACGACAGAGCCGAUCACGUUGAACUCGAGCAGACUGAACACACAGGUCCAACCGUCCAGCAGGUGAGCCACGUGGAGGUCGUGACCUUUCAGGACCCCAGAAAGAAACUGAAAACCAAGCAGCAGACGCCUGCGCCCGACAGAACGCCUGUAAGUCUACAUAAAGCCCCUCAGACAACGGAGGAGAAACAAAGCGAGCAGCCAGAAGUGCUCAGUUUGGAAAAGGCUCGUCUGGAGGUCCAUCGCUUUGGAAUCACCGGCUAUAAAAAGGAGCAGCAGCGCGUCUUUGAGCAGGACAGAGCGGUCAUGCUGGGAGCCAGACCUCCUAAGAAGGAUUAUGUCAACUACAAGAUGCUGCAGCAGCAGAUCAAAGAGAAGAAGCAGAAGGCGAAGGAGGAGGUUCAGCCGGACCUGAAGAAAAAGAAGAAGCAGAGUAAUCAGAGGGACAAGAAGAAGAAGAAGGAGUCCUCUGGUUCUGGUACGGCCCCCUCGGGACAGGUGGGCCGCUUCAAGAACGGGAUGCUGAUCCUCAGCUCCAAGGAGAUCCAGAAAAUCAAAGGCAACAAGCGCCGCAAAUAGGUGAGCGAUUCAACCCUCCAGGAUGGGAACAGAUAAGCCGACCAAGAGGAAGAACUGCUUUCCAUCAGUGACUCAGCUCACUGCAGGACGAGAGCAGGACGUGAGCUGACUUCCAGAGUCGCCGCUCCGCCGUAAAAUAUGAGACAUUUACUGCUGACAGACCUGCUGAGUCAAGAAUCCACUUCAUCGAUCUCCAGAACGGACCCCGAAUACUCGAUGUGGAGCGUGUAAUGCAGGAAACCGGAGACUUUAGUCAAAUCAUAUUCCAUCACAAUUAAUUUAUUUUGUUUUUAUAAAUGACCAAAAAAAAAGAAGACGACAUUGGCAUUUUUUUCUCUCGUGUUUUACACUGUAAAGGUUUUCAAAGUAUGCAGUUACAAUUCAUUUUUCAUAUACAAACCAUGUAGUCGUACAAAACAUUUACAUUUACAUUGGCUGGAAGGGAGGGGGUCAUAACAGGACAGAUGGGGGGGGUAAUUAUUAAAAAAACCAACAAUGUACACACAAGUAAAGUCCUGGCAGACGUUUUCAUGAAGAAACACGCGUACAAACACUCAGACUGGACCGUGAGAAAGCAGUUUUUCUCCCUUGUAAACCCUUAAUGUACACGACCUCCUGACCUCCUGAGGAAGCGGCGCUCUAAGUGUAAACAUUACAGAUCACUACAGAAACCAGUUCGUCUCAUUUCUGUUAAAGGGGGGGACGUAAAAGCUGAUGGAUUCUGAGCGACGACGAUGAAACGAGAGGCGUGAUCUGGCAGUGUGCGUCUGGGUGAGGUCACAAAUUCUCACACCGAUUUCUUGAAGCAGCUUUUGAGUUGUUUUUUUUUUUAUAUAUAUUUAAAAAAAAGAAAAGAGUGUGAGGAAAUAUGGUCGGUGUACUUUGCAGCCAACAGAUUCCUGUUUUUAAAAAUAAAAAACAAAAGAGAAUUUAAAAAUGACCUGUUUUGUUCCACAUAUUUAUAAAUGGUAGUCGGGGAACAGUUUGUUUUCGGAUUUUCUGAUUUCAAAAUAAAACUCUGUUGGCCACAAAGUCCGCUGACUAAAUAUGAAGCUUGUCUGCAGCACAUCACGUGUUUCAAGCUGUAAGCGAAUCUGUUGUCUGUUGUCUUUUUUAACCUGCAGCUGUUGGCAAUCAACCAGAGACAGUUCAUAUAUAUUUAUAUAUAUAUAAUCAGCCAUUUAACUCUUAUACUGAACACAUUGAAGAGGGCGAUAUACAAAAAGAAAAUAAAUAUGUAAUUAAAUAUAUUUACAUACUUUAUAGAGUAAAUAAAUCUGCCAUUUGUUUAAAUAGCGAACAGCAGUGACAUGCUUUCUUCCCCCCAGCACCAUCCUGAAGUAAAAUAUCUCACAUUCAUGGGUGGGUAAGUGCUGGGGUGAAGGGACACGAGCACUCUUACAAUACCAUAUCUAGACAGUGUGACUCGUUCAUAUAUGAGAUUUAUGUCUGCAUCUGUCACAUAUUGAUAUUAAUUUGAUAUAAAAACAGUGUAUUCGGAAAGGAAAAGGCGUAACCUCAUUUUAGCUGAUACACUGUGUGACUUCCUGAACCUGUUUUUCCCUCCAGUCAUCAUUUGUUGCCAUUUUAACAUCAACACAGCCCGCAGACACGUAACCCCAAAUCCUCCAGACUGUCUGCAGGAAGAGUUCCCCUCUGGUUCUAUGACAGACGCCUCACUCUGCUCCUGGGCCUACAAUCUAUUCCCGGUUACAGCGGGAGUCGACCUCAGGGCAGCUUGACUUUGCACCUCUCCUCUGGUGUGGGAGGGCGGGAAGCAGCCAGAAAGACACACGUGAUGCUAACGUAGCCCUUAGGAGGUGGCUGGCAGUCUGGGGAACUGAGCUGUUGCUUUCUGGGUCGGGAGAAACUGGUUCAGAUCCUGACUUUUACACUAACGCUGCAUUUAAGUCAUAUGGGAAAGGUAGUAAAUGACAGUUUCAGUUAGAGCUGCACGAUUACGGAGCAGUAGGAGAUGUUCACCAGCUGGGUGCUAACUGUGGCUGCUUUUCAGUGCUGAAUACAUAGGUGGGGUCGUGGUGCCUUGCUGCUGUAAGCAGCUGCUUGCUAGAGCCGAAAACAGCGCUGAGAGAGUAAAAAAAGUAAAGUUAAAGGCCUGAAAACCAAAAGAAAUGAGGUGAAAGACACUAAAACGCUCCGUAGAGCUGAGGGAACUGCAGAGGUUGGUGAUAAUUCUCUGCAGGUUCAUCACUACGAGCAAUUCCUUUCACACAUACUAUUGUUAUUAUAAAAAUAUAGCUUCAAUAAUCUUUCCCACACAUUUUGAAUGCAGCAUCAAGUGCAAAAGGUCAGCUAAGCUAGUUGGGUUUUUGCAGACUGAAUGGGAGCUUAACAUACUUCCUGCUUGUUCCUAAAUAAAUAAUCCCUGUAUCCCAAAAAGGCUCAAUCAUAAUUAAGUAAAAUGUAAAGAUAUUAGCUUAUUAUACCACUCUACAAUUAAAUAAACUCUGUAUAACACUGUAUAAUGUUUGUGCUGUUGAAAAGGAAAAAAAAAGGAAUAAUAAAUACUUUAAUUCAUGUGUAUUUCUGUCCAGUCAAGGUCAAGUGCUGCCUGAUAUCAUAAUUAAAAUCAUAGAAGCUUGUCAAUGA